AUGCGUGCGGGUGCUGACAACAAUAUCUCUUCCUCUCUGUACAUCUAUCUAUCUAUCUAUCUAUCUAUCUAUCUAUCUAUCUAUCUAUCUAUCUCUAUUUAUUUCUCUAUAUAUACAUACAAUAAAAAUGACGCCAUCUAUUUAUCUACUAGUACCAUAACACUUCUUCUUCUUUUUUAUUUAAUAUCAUUCUAUCUCUGUCAGCGAAAUGUGGCUCUUCCCACACAGAUAUUUUUUUCUUUUUUUUCUUUUUCCUUUUAUGUGAAUUCUCUUCUUUCAUUCUUUGGCUGUCUUCUUCCUUCUUACUUGUUCCUUUCUUCUUCUUUUUUUACUCCUUUCCUUAUUUUUUCCGUUCAUUUGAUAUUAUUUUUUUUCCUUUUUUUCUUUUUUCUUCCUUCAUUCCUUACACUUUUCUUUUUUCCUCUCCUUCUUUCUCUUCCUUCCAUCUCUCCUUCGUUUUCUUUUCUUUCUUCGUUUUUUUCCCUUCUUCAUACCUCUCUUUUUUGUCCUUUCUUUCUUAACUUUUUCUUCAUUAUUUCUUCUCUCUUUUCUGUUUUCUCUCUUUCUAACGUUUCCUUUAUUUUUCUCCUUUUCUUUCUCCUUUCUUACUCUCCUUUUUUCUUUACUUUCCUUUCCCUUUCUUUUAAUUUCCUUUCUUUUCCUAUUCCUUCUUUUAUAAACUACCCACUAUUUCAUUCUUUCUUUCUCCCAUUCUUCUUUUUAUUUUCCUCUUUCUUUUCUUCUUUUUCAUUCACGAUAUUCCUCUUUUCUCCUUCAUUCUUUCUUUCUUUUAUUUCUUUCACCUUUCCCUCUUUUCUUCUUUUUUCAUUCUUCCUGUCUCUCUUCUUUGUUCUUGCUUUUCUUACUUUUCUUCUCUCCCUUUUCCUGCUCUCUUUUUCGUCUUCUUUCUUUCUUUGUUCCUCCCUCCUCCCAUUUCUUCAUUUCUUUCUUUAUCCUUUUUUCAUUUUGGUUUCUUUUCAUUCUUUUAUUUCAUUUCUUUGA